UGAAAGCAGCGGGUCGAAGCGGAGCCUCAAGAUGGAGAUGGAGGCCGCGGGCUGACAAUCUGGAGACGGUUUUAAUGUUGCUGUAUUUUCCCAAAAGAGAGUACAAAAUCGUCUCCGCGAGGGAAGAGACGUGCGUUUAAACGUAGCUAAUAUAGACUCAGUCAGCACUGGAUAUUUUUUGGGGUGUAGCUGACUGGUCACCAUGGCGACAGAAAUCGGCUCUCCACCCCGGUUUUUCCACAUGCCUCGGUUCCAGCACCAGGCGCCGCGGCAGCUGUUCUACAAGCGGCCGGACUUCGCUCAGCAGCAGGCCAUGCAGCAGCUCACCUUCGAUGGCAAGCGCAUGAGGAAGGCAGUCAACCGCAAAACUAUCGACUACAACCCCUCAGUCAUCAGAUACCUAGAGAAUCGUCUCUGGCAGCGUGAUCACAGAGAUCUCCGUGCUAUUCAGCCAGAUGCAGGUUGCUUCAAUGAUCUGGUCCCCCCUGUUGGUAUGCUCAAUAACCCCAUGAAUGCAGUCACCACAAAGUUUGUCAGAACAUCCACCAAUAAAGUGAAGUGCCCUGUAUUUGUUGUGCGGUGGACCCCUGAAGGCAGGCGGCUCGUAACAGGUGCCUCCAGUGGGGAAUUUACAUUGUGGAACGGCCUUACCUUCAACUUUGAGACCAUUUUGCAGGCUCACGACAGUCCUGUCAGGGCAAUGACCUGGUCUCAUAACGACAUGUGGAUGUUGACUGCUGACCACGGAGGCUACGUGAAGUAUUGGCAGUCCAACAUGAACAACGUCAAGAUGUUCCAGGCUCACAAGGAGGCGAUUAGAGAGGCCAGUUUCUCUCCUACGGAUAAUAAAUUUGCCACUUGCUCUGAUGACGGAACUGUACGCAUCUGGGACUUUCUGCGCUGCCACGAGGAAAGAAUCCUGAGAGGCCACGGAGCAGAUGUGAAGUGUGUUGACUGGCACCCCACCAAGGGCUUGGUGGUGUCUGGCAGCAAAGACAGCCAGCAGCCCAUCAAGUUCUGGGACCCAAAGACUGGCCAGAGUCUAGCAACAUUACAUGCCCAUAAGAACACCGUAAUGGAGGUGAAGUGGAACCUCAACGGCAACUGGUUGCUGACGGCGUCGCGUGACCACUUAUGCAAAUUGUUUGACAUCCGAAACCUUAAGGAAGAGCUGCAGGUUUUCAGAGGCCAUAAAAAGGAAGCUACAGCUGUCGCCUGGCACCCUGUCCACGAAGGCCUUUUCGCCAGCGGAGGCUCCGAUGGAUCACUGCUGUUCUGGCAUGCAGGGGUGGAGAAGGAGGUUGGUGGUAUGGAGAUGGCACAUGAGGGCAUGAUCUGGAGUUUAGCUUGGCACCCUCUUGGCCACAUCUUGUGCUCAGGGUCCAAUGAUCACACCAGCAAAUUUUGGACCAGGAACCGACCAGGAGACAAGAUGCGUGACAGAUACAACCUGAAUCUGCUGCCAGGAAUGUCAGAGGAUGGUGUCGAGUAUGAUGAUGUGGAGCCCAACAGUCUUGCAGCCAUUCCUGGCAUGGGGAUCCCGGAACAGCUGAAAGCAGCCAUGGAGCAGGAACAAACGAAUAAAGAGGCUGCACCAGAGGCAGAGAUGAGCAUCCCAGGGCUUGACUGGGGAAUGGAUGAGGUCAUGCAAAAAGACCAGAAGAAACCUCCAACGAAGAAAGUUCCCUAUGCAAAACCUAUUCCUGCACAGUUUCAACAGGCGUGGGCAGAGAACAAGGUACCAGCUAUAGCUCCUGGUGAGAUACCCAAAGAGAGGAAGGAUGAGAAGGUGGACGGCAAGAAGAAGACUCAGGCUGAAAUAGAGCAAGAGAUGGCUGCGCUGCAGUAUACGAACCCCAUGCUGCUGGAGCAACUAAAGAUUGAGCGAAUGGCGCAGCUCCAAGAGCAGGGCAUUCCGCCUCCUGCAAGCCAGCCAGGAGCCAUGCCCCCAUUCCCUGGCCAGGGUGGUCCUAUGCCACCCCCUCCACAAGGCUUCCCUCAGUCCGUGCCACCUGAGCAGAUGCCUCCCCACAACAUGCCUCCGAUGGGUCCGGGUGGAAUGCCUGGUCCCUUCAUUCCUCCAGGCCAGAUGGGUCCUCCAGGGCCUCCACCUCAUCAAGGUCCUCCACAGGGCAUGAUGGGCCCCCAUGACUUACACGGACCCCCACGUCAUCCAGGACCUCACAGAAACAUGGGUCCCCAAGCCCCUCAUGGUAUGCCACCAGGACCGAGGGGUAUGCAGGGACCUCCUCCAGGUGGGAUGCCCCAAGGGCCCGGGGGUCCUGCAGGUGGCAUGAUGGGACCACCACCACGGGGCCAAGGACCACCGCAGGGAGGCAUGAUGCAUCAGGACAUGCGGGGGCCUGCACCCCAUGGUAAUAUGAUGGGCCCUCAGGCGCCCAUGCAAGGAGGCAUGAUGGGACCUCCACCCAGAACUCAUGGCAAUAUGCCCGGCAUGGGGAACAUGCAUGGAAUGGGACCUCCUCCUGGAGGAAUGCAUGGGCCCCCAAACAAUAUGCAAGGGCCCCCGGGUAACAUGCAAGGUCCUCCGGGCAACAUGCAGGGUCCUCCUCCAUAUAUGCAGCAGGGCAAGCCGCCGCACAUGGCUGAUGGAAACAGAGGACAAUUCAAUCAGGGACAGAAUUCCGGCCCUCAGUCGAUGAUGCAUGGAAUGGGCCAACAAGGUCCUGGAGGCAAAGAUGGGCCUCGAGGACCACCGAACCACCACAUGGGACCUCCUCCUGACCGACAGGGCCCUGGGGGCCCAGGCGGACAGGGCCAAGGCUCGGACGGAGGCAGCCAGUAUUGGGGUGAGGAGGGUGGCUUCCAGGAGAACUGGAGGAGAGGGCCUGGUGGGCCAGGACAGGACUACCAUGGGGACCCCAGGGGCCACCGUGGAGGCUCAGGAGGACAGUGGGAAAACCAGGAACGGUUCUCUUCACAUGAUGGGGAAUACGGUGGACACGACAGAUAUGAUGGGUAUGAGGGUCCAGGGGAGGAGUUUGACCAGAGGCAGAGGCGGCCACCAGAUGACUCUUACAGGAGAGGAGGUCCAAGCGGUCGCGGAGGUAGAGGAGGCUACCAAGAGGAGUAUGGAGGAGAUGAAAGCUUUGAUUCUCAGGAUGAGAUGGGCCAAGGCUGGGGAAACGGAGGAGGAGGAGGACGAGGGAGGCGUGGAGGACCACCACGAGGAGGUCAUGACGGCCAUUGGGACAGCCAGCGAGGUGACCACUCCAUGCAUGACGGUCAGUCUCCAGCCAGCAGGGAGCGCUCCUCUUCUUUGCAGGGGAUGGAUAUGGCCUCACUGCCUCCUCGCAAACGGCCCUGGCAUGACGGGCCAGGCACUGGAGACAUGGACUCACCCGGCGGUGGACCUGAUGACCGAGGAGCAGGUCGGCCACCACGAGAGGAUGGUGGUUAUGGCCCUCCAUCGAGGGGGGGUAGAGGUGGGUGGGGUCGUGGUGGGCCCCCUAACGCAGGAGGUCCAGGUGGCAACCCAGGUCCAAACACAAGGCGCGGGGGGGCUCGCGGUGCACUGAGAGGGGGCCGGGGUCGGUAGGAGAAGUUACACGUUCCCCCCGCCUUCCAAGGACUAUAGGGGAUACUGUGGGUUACAACGAGGACGGAGACCAAAAGAGCCACAUGCAGCCACUCUAGCAGCUCUGGCUUUUCAGUGGGUUUACGUGAACGUCUCGGCACCAUGUGGAACUCCUUUACGGCAGUUUGGAUCCUCCUUGUCCAAUUUGUCCAGAGGCUGUUGUGACUCAGCCUCUUUGUGCCGAUUGGUUGCGCAGACGGUAAUGGGAACAUUUCAUUGGUUGAGGCCCGUAAGCUAAGGCUUCUUUCAGCAGUUCUCGCACAAGCUGACUGGAUGAAUUUGAUCUUGGACACUUUAUGUGCAUCACUGAUUGACCUGUUGCGCAUGGAUUGUAUUCCUUUUGGGGCCGUCAAAUAGUCUCUCCCCAAAAUAUCCCUCCAGUGCACCAUACAGCCAGACUCCAAGCUAAUGCAGCCAUGUUUUGCUCUGCUACCCAUCUCCCAUCUAAGCUUUAAGGAGCACUCUGACAGUGUGCACUGCUGAAGCCCUCACCUUUAAAACUCCCAUUUUCCAAACCAGUGACUGAAAUAAAUGAAAACUGGACUUUUAAAACAUUUAGUUCUCCACAUGCUGAGCUCCUCUUGUUUAAUUUCAUUUUAUGUAAAAUAAUGAAAAUAAUUCUGUAACAUUUACGGGGCAUCUCCUGCGUCACGAGGCUGCCUACUUUGUGUACAUUUUGUCAAAAGAUUCAUUGUUUUGUCUGUUUUUGUAUGAGACUACAAUAGAAGUUGUGCAAGAUUUAUAACAAAGCAUCAGUUUUGUCAUUUCUUUGGUUUCAAACAGUUCACCCCAAAUCUGUUUUACAGUCUGAAGAAGAGUUUACAUUACAAUAUUGGGAACAUUUGAGUUGAGAAGUUGAUCCUUUAGUUGCUGCUAUUA